AUGCAGAGAACCGAGAGUUCCUUCGCAUUCUCCGAGAGGCCAGGCUACGGUCGGGAUGCGGCGGAGCUCCGGCGAAGGUGGAGGUCCAGUUCGACGGCGUCAGUGUCCACGCCGGCGUGCGUGCACUGCCGGGCGUCGGCGCUGCCAAGGUGCGAAAUUCUAGAAUCUGCAUACCUUUGUGCCACACAGAGGACGGGAAUCAAAAUUCUCAACACGGCGAGUGGGACAAUAAGAUCAUCAAGGAUGACUCUUGUUGUGGGAGCACCUGGAUCAGGAAAAACAACCUUUUUAAGAGCACUGGCUGGAAAAUUAGACCCCUCUUUGAAGUUCCAAGGGAAAGUAAUGUACAAUGGAGAAUCAAUCUCCUCUACACCUCACUACAUGCGUGCUUAUGUUAGCCAGUAUGAUCUUCACCAUGCCGAGAUGACAGUGAGAGAGACACUUAAUUUCUCUUCCAACAUGAUGGGUUCCAACAACGACUUUGAGAUGCUACAAGAUGAAGUGCGAAGGACUACUCCAGUGGAUGAGGAGCUAUUUUCUAAGGCAACCAAGUUUGGAGAAGGAAGCAACCUGAAAACAAACUAUAUCAUGAAGAUUCUUGGAUUGUCGAACUGUGCUGACACCAUAAUAGGGGAUGAGCUCCGAAGAGGGAUUUCCGGGGGGCAAAAGAAGAGAACCACAUUAGGAGAGAUGCUAGUUGGUCGUGCAAGGUGCUUCUUUAUGGAUGACAUAUCAACAGGCCUGGAUAGCUCUACCACAUUUGAUAUUAUGGCAUUUCUUGGACAAAUGGCACAUCUCAUGGAUCUUACAAUGGUUAUCUCCUUGUUACAACCAUCUCCAGAGAUAUUAGAAUUAUUUGAUGACAUAAUCCUUCUCUGUGAGGGUGAUAUUGUUUACCAUGGCGCUCGGCAAAAUGUUAUUGACUUUUUCAACAACAUUGGCUUUACCUGCCCUAGCAGGAAGAAUGUAGCUGACUUCCUUCAAGAGGUUACCUUAAAAAAGUAUCAAAAGCAGUACUGGAGCGGUGAUGUGAGCGAAUAUCAAAAUCAUACCAUUGAAAAAUUCGUAAAUUGCUUCAAAGCAUAUGACCUUCCUCAAUCUCUGGAAGAUAAGCAGUGCAAGAAUUACGACAUCAAACAGGGCAAGGAAGAAUUUCAAGCAUAUAACAAUCCAGGCAUAUCAAAGUGGAAUGUUUUCAGAGCUUGCCUCUCAAGGGAAGUACUCCUAUUUAAAAGAAAUUGUCCGGUUCAUAUGUUCAAGGCUAUACAACUCAUUUUUCUAGCUUUUGUCAUUGCAACACUUUUCCUUCGGACGGAAACGAGCCCAGAUACAGUUUUUGACGGAGUAAAGUACUUGGGUGCUCUCUUUAUGGGUAUAGCUGUUAUAAACUUCAACAGCAUGAUCGAACUUGCAAUGACCACAAAGAGGCUCCCGAUAUUCUAUAAACAAAGGGAGUCAUUAGCAUUACCAGGAUGGGCCGUUGUUUGCUCAGUUUUCCUUAUCAGUCUACCUAUAUCACUAAUGGAGUCAAGUCUUUGGACCUUCCCAACCUACUAUGCAAUUGGCUAUGCACCUUCUCCCAUUAGGUUAUUUCAGCAAUUACUAGUGUUUUUUGCGAUGCAUCAAAUGUCACUGGGUCUUUAUCGCUUUUUAGCAACCAUAGGAAGGACACCAAUAGUAUCAAAUAUACUAGGGACGCAAGCUCUAGUCGCAAUCUUCAUACUUGGAGGCUUCAUCAUAUCAAAAGAUGACCUCCAACCAUGGUUGAGCUGGGGUUAUUGGGCUUCCCCAUUCACCUACGCCCUCAACGCUCUAGCUUUGAAUGAAUAUCUUGACAAAAGAUGGGCUAAGGAGUUCCAUUUUGAAAAUGCUAAUACUAUUGGAGAAGCUAUUCUGAAGGUCAGGGGUUUGCUCGGUGAAUGGCAAUGGUAUUGGAUUUGCAUAGUAGUUUUAUUUGGAUUUGCACUGAUCUUUAACAUCCUGAGCAUAUUGGCAUUAGAGUUCUUAAACUCUCCACACAAGCACCAAGGUAAUAUCAAGUCACAAGGGAGACACUCUUUAGAGUACGACGAUCAAGUAAUAGUUGGUGGGAAGGCUUCAACCGAUCAAGCUAGCAUCCCGUUCCAACCACUGUGUUUUGUAUUUAAAAAAAUAAACUAUUUUGUUGACAUGCCUAAAGAGAUGAAAAAAUAUGGAGCAACCGAAACAAGGCUUCAGCUGUUACGGGAUGUUAGUGGUUCUUUCAGACCAGGAGUCCUAACAGCGUUGAUGGGGAUCACUGGUGCUGGGAAAACAACAUUACUUGAUGUUUUGGCUGGAAGAAAAACUGGAGGUUACAUCGAAGGUACUAUUAACAUAGGUGGCUACCAAAAACAGCAAGAUACAUGCUCAAGGAUUACUGGUUAUUGUGAGCAAACAGACAUACACUCUCCUCACUUGACAGUCUAUGAGUCACUUCUAUUCUCUGCAUACCUUCGCCUACCUUCAUAUGUGAAACCUUAUCAACGAGAUAUGUUUGUGGAAGAAAUUAUGGAACUAGUAGAGCUAAACAACUUGAGAAAUGCAAUGGUGGGCAUUCCUGGGGUGACAGGUCUAUCAGCUGAGCAACGAAAAAGACUUACAAUAGCAGUGGAGCUUGUGGCAAGCCCUUCUAUUAUGUUCAUGGAUGAGCCAACAACUGGUUUAGAUGCUCGUGCUGCAGCAAUUGUCUUGCAUACAGUACGAAAGUUGGUGGACACCGGGCGCACUAUUGUUUGCACAAUUCAUCAACCAAACAUUCAUUUAUUCGAAUCUUUUGAUGAGCUGCUACUUAUGAAACAAGGAGGUCAACUCAUUUAUAGCGGUUCUUUAGGCUCACUGUGUAGAAAUUUGACAAAAUAUUUCGAGGUUAUUCCUGGUGUUCCUAGAAUCAAGGAUGGUCAAAAUCCAGCUUCAUGGGUGUUAGACAUUAGCUCACAUGCCAUGGAGUAUACAAUUGGAGUGGACUACGUACAAAUUUACCAGAACUCCAACUUAUAUAAGGAGAAUAUGGCUUUGGUUGAUGAGUUGAGCAAACCAAAUACAAACCAGGAAGAUCUACAAUUCACAUCCAAAUAUUGUCGAGAUACUAAAACUCAAUGCAUGACAUGUAUAUGGAAACAAUAUUGCUCUUACAGAAAAAACUCGGAGCUAAAUAUAUUUCGCUUUCUAAAUACAUUUGCAAUCUCAAUCAUGUUUGGCGUUGUGUUCUGGCAAAUUGGGUCAACAAUUAAGGUGGAGCAAGAUGUGUUCAACAUACUGGGAAUUGGAUAUGGGUCAGCCCUAUUUCUCGGUUUCAUGAAUUGCAAUAGUUUACAACCAGUCGUAGCGAUGGAGAGAGUUGUUUUCUAUAGAGAAAAAGCUUCUGGCAUGUACUCCUCAAUGGCGUUUGUAAUUGGUCAGGUAGCAGCUGAAAUUCCUUACAUUGUUAUUCAACCACUCAUUUUCUCAGCAAUUGUGUACCCAAUGGUAGGGUUCCAGAUGACAUUUGAAAAAUUCUUAUGGUUUGUCAUGUACAUGGUACUAAGCUUCAUGGACUACACACUCUAUGGGAUGAUGGCUGUUGCACUAACACCCAGUCCUGAGAUAGCUGCUGGGCUAUCCUUCCUCAUCUUCAUGAUAUGGAAUUUCUUCUCGGGCUUCAUCAUUACACGGAAGGCGAUGCCCAUGUGGUGGAGGUGGAUGUACUGGGCCGAUCCAGCAGCAUGGACCCUAUAUGGGCUUGUGUCUUCACAGCUCGGCGACCACACGGAACUAAUCCGUGUGUUGGGCCAGCCAGACCAACCAGUGAUGAAGUUUUUGGAGGAGUACUUAGGCCUUGAAAAUGGCUACUUUCCCCUGGUCACAGCUCUUCACUUCGUGCUAAGCAUGCUCUUCUGUUUUAUCUUCUGUGUUGGCAUCAAGUAUAUCAAGUUUCAAAAAAGAUAG